AUGUGCAGCCCCGAGGAGUCCUCCCUGCUGCGGCUGGAGGAGGUCUUCUCAGCCACGCUCGCCCGCAUCAACAGCCUUGUGCUCCAGCCGCUGGUUACAGGUGCUCCAGAGCCCUCGGACCCCCGGGGAAGGGAGUGCCUGCGGCUCCUGCAACAGCUGCACAAGAGCUCCCAGUGUCUCUGGGAGGUGACAGAAGAGAGCCUACAUUCACUGCGAGAGAGGCUGCUUCACCCAGACUCCAAGGGCCUGGAGUCCCUGCUGCUGCUACGUGAUGCUGACCGUGUCCUGCAGGUCUACCUGGAGUACAUCCAGUCCUACACGAACUGUGUGGUGGUCCAAGCCUUCCAGAAGGCAGGCAAGAGGAAGAGUGAGUACUGGCGGGGCCAGCGGAAGAUGCUGCGACAAAUCCUGUCGGACGUGAUCUCCGAGGGUACCGCGGGCCCCGUGCUGGCCCAGGCCCUCUGCCAGCCGCUCACCCACCACGUGCAGAAGUACGUGCAUCUGCUGCUGAGCCUCGGGGACACUGUCGGGGAGUGUCACCCUGCCCGGAAGCUGGUGGUGCACGCGGCCACCCUCUUCGGGAGCCUGCAGUCUUUCCUGAGGCAGGCGCUGGGCCAGGCGGAGGCCACGCAGGCGCUCUGGUCAACGCUGAGCAGCAGGCUGAGGCCUGUGCUGUGCACCCCUGCUCACCGACUCCUACAGGACAGCCGGGACAUUCCUGUGACGGUCUCCCCGCUGCGAGCGGAGCGUGUGCUGCUGUUUGAUGAUGCCCUCAUCCUCCUGCAGGGUCACCACGUCCACACCUUUGAUCUGAAGCUGGUGUGGUUAGAUCCUGGACAGGACAGGAACACGUUCCACGUCCUCACUCCUGAGGAGGAAUUCUCCUUUUGCACCAAGGACCCCGAGGACCGGGUGGUCUGGCAGUGGAACGUGACCCAGGCUGUGUGCCAAGCCCUCCGUGGGAAGAAGGACUUCCCGGUGCUGGGGGCAAGGGGCCUGGAUUCGCCUGAGCCCCCCACCUGCCGCUGUGCGACAUACACCUUCUGUCGGGAGGGCCGGCUCUGCCAGGCCACCUAUGAAGGCGAGUGGUGCCAGGGCAGACCCCAUGGCAAGGGCACACUGAAGUGGCCUGACGGGCAAAAUCAUGUGGGCUAUUUCCGCCAGGGCCUGGAGCACGGCUUUGGCAUCUGCCUGGUGCCCCAGGCCGCCGAGGACAAAUUUGACUGUUACAAGUGCCAUUGGCGGGAAGGCAGCAUGUGUGGCUAUGGCAUCUGUGAGUACAGCACUGAUGAAGUGUACAAGGGCUACUUCCAGGAGGGUCUGCGGCAUGGUUUUGGUGUCCUUGAGAGCCCCCUGCAGGCUCCGCAUAGCUACAAGUACACCGGCCACUGGGAGCGGGAUCAGAGGAGUGGCUACGGCAUUGGGGAAGACGGAGACAGGGGCGAGCGCUAUAUCGGCAUGUGGCAGGCUGACCUGCACCAUGGCCCGGGCGUCGUGGUCACCCAGGCAGGCAUCUGCUAUCAGGGCUCCUUCCAGGCCGACAAGAUAGUGGGCUCAGGUGUCCUCCUCUCUGAAGAUGACUCACUUUACGAGGGCACCUUCACCAGGGACCUGACCCUCAUGGGCAAGGGCAAGGUCACUUUCCCCAAUGGCUUCACCCUGGAGGGCUCCUUCGGCAGUGGAAUGGGGAGAGGACUGCAGACACAGGGCGUGCUGGACACGGCUGCCCUCCCGCCGGACCCCAGCAGCACUCGGAAGCGGCAGCUGGGCCAAGGCGCCUUCCCCGUAGAGAGCCGCUGGCAGGGUGUAUACAACCCUUUCCAGGACUUUGUGCGUGCUGGCUGCCCCCAGGACCUGCAGGAAUCCCUGCUGGGUUUCCAUGUGCAGAGCUCCAGAGAGCUGCGCAAAUCCCAGGAGUACCUGUGCUGUGAGAGGACCCACCCUGAGGACAGCAAGAACAGGAUCGAAGACAUACUGGAGGAGUUGCUACAGCACCGGCAGCCCGACAUGCUGCAGCCGUACCUCAAGAAGGCUCUGGGCAGCGCCCUGCACCCGCUGGGAAAGCUGCUCCGGACGCUGAUGCUGACCUUCCAGGCCACGUAUGCGGGAGUCGGGGCCAACAAGCAUUUGCAGGGCUUGGCCCAGGAAGAGGUGAAACAGCAUGCUCAGGAACUCUGGGCUGCCUACAGGGCUCUGCUGCAGGUGGCCUUACAGCGGAAGGGCCAGGCCCCAGAGGAGGAGGAAGAUGUGGAAACAAGGGACCUGCACGUGCACGGAGUGGUGCUGCCCUUGGUGCUGCCCAGCUUCUACCCCGAGCUCUUCACGCUCUACCUGCUGCUUCAUGAGCGGGAGGAUGGCCUCUACAGCCAGGGCAUCGUCAACCUGAGCCUCUUCUCUGACACCAAGCUGCUGGAGUUCCUGGACGUGCAGAAGCACCUCUGGCCCCUCAAGGACCUCACACUGACAACCAAUCAGAGAUACUCCCUGGUCCGAGACAAGUGCUUCCUGUCAGCCACAGAGUGCCUGCAGAAGAUCAUCACCACAGUGGACCCACGGGAGAAGCUGCAGGUGCUGGAGAGGACUUACGGGGAAAUUGAGGCGACUGUGUCUCGGGUGCUGGGCCGGGAACACAAACUGCCCAUGGACGACCUGCUGCCACUGCUCAUCUACGUGGUAUCCUUCCUCAGAAUCCAGCAUCUCGGAGCUGAGAUCCACCUGAUCCGGGACAUGAUGGAUCCUGUGCACGCGGGCGGCCUGUACGACUUCCUGCUCACAGCCCUGGAGUCCUGCUACGAGCACAUCCAGAAGGAGGACAUGAGGCUGCACCACCUGCCCAGCCGCUGGAACCCCAGGGAGUCCUGGUAG